AUGUGGCCGCGGGACGCGUCAGCUGAGGAGGGACGGCGGCUCGCGCGGCGCCUGCGUGACUGGCAGCUCCGGCGCAUGCAGGAGGAAGUGAAUCGGGAGAAUACCUUCCGGGUGCUCUCGCGAAAGUACGGACCUAGAAUCCUCACCAUGCCAAACCUGCUCUCCCAGGUGGCGGAGGUGAGCGGUUACCACAUCCCGAUGGAGGAAGAAGAUGAACCCGAUGACGAGGACCGCAAACUGCUUGCGGAUGUGGCGAUGUCGCUGAAACAUGAGAAUCGGAUGCAAGGCUUGCUAGCACCUGUCUAUGACGGGCCCAUGACUAUCAACAUCGUCGCGAUGCCUGCUCAGAGAAAUAAACCAGCGAGUCUCUCAUGCGGGACAAAGAAGACGGACAAGGAUAACAAUAAACUUGCAACGAAUAACGACGCUCGUUUGCUGGGUACCUUUCGGCAGAGUCUGUGGUUGAUUCAUUUUAAGAUCUACUGUUGCGCACUACACGAUGAAGUUGAACAACGCCACGGUGGCCAUCUCCGAGCACUGGUAAAUUUAGGGGGAAGCGACACGUCCCGUGAAAUUUCAUCCACAGCGAAUGGAGAUAAUAACUCCCUUUCAACAGAUAAAAGUGUUUUUAUGGAUAAAAGAUCCACAAAAUGCAGAGUUUCAGAGGAGGAUUCCAUUUUGCUUGCUGGUGUGCCAUGCAUCCCGCGGCCCGUUCUCCGUCUUCAGCAGGUGGAGCCACCGCUGCAAAAGCCUCCGUUACGAAGCACGCCGGAUCUUUCGUGCGUUCAGUCUGCCCGUUGCUGGGUGGGUUUAUUUCCAUCCCCACAUGAUCUGCUCUUGCCGGACUCUUUGUUGAAACUUUUAGGCCUUGAACCAAUAGAUGCGGCAGAGCGAAAGAAAAUCCAGCUACGUAUGCUAGAAACGUGGAAUUACCUCCAUAAGGAGUCCGUGAUCGCGCGGCAGGCUGUCAAAGAUGUGUUUCAUCGUCAGGGCUUGGAUGCGGAUAUGAAACUGAAUAAGGAUGGCUUCACGAAAUUUGUACUGCAGUUGCUUAAUUUAUUCUUUCCGACGCAUCUUCCGCAAAUGCACCUUGACAUCGCCAACGAAGAGUGGAUUUACCGGGGAACCACUGAAAAUGUUGGUUUUGAGACUUUUUUCGAGAAGUUUUUCUCCCUCCCUUUUAUUUUCCACCGCGAUCUCGCGCUCGUCACGGAGCAUGACUACGCGGAGUGGUGGUGUAUUGUGCGUAUAUGUCUGUGUGAGAGCUCGGAGGCGAUCGUGGACGAAAUUCAACCCUUUCAAUGUUCGGAUCUUUUUUCUGAGUCCUACACGCUAUACAAUGAGAAUGAUCUGUCGAGCCGGCGUUUCUCACGCACUAUAUAUUCCCCUCAUAGAAGAAGGUCCAUUGCUAGCAGUAUACGCCGUGUCUUCUCACCAGCGUCAGGUAGGAAGAAUAGGAGAAGUGCCUCCAUUUCGAUCGGGCGCUCUUUACUUGCACCAUUAACCAACUUCACGCCGGAGCAAAUACGCACCAUGCACACCUUCAACUUUGUGGCGGUUCCAGAGACGAACACCUUAAAGAAGCUCAGAAGAGCUUCUUGCAGCAGCCGUGCCGAGACUUCCGUAGCAAAUGCCACCCCCAGCCCUCGCUCGGCGCGCUGCGUGAGCAUUAGCGGGGUGGAGCCGGUAUGCAGGCUCCGCAGCUCGCGUGUAGGGCAGCUUCCGACGCAGGAUAACCCGAUCGGACGGGGUGAGAUCUUUCACCCGCCGAGGAGCGUUUCGUCGAGCGGGCGAGUUGACGUGCUUAACGUCUUCGCCGAAGGCACCCGCGCAGCGGUGGCGGAGCAACUACAGCUGGAAUCCGAUCUUGAGGCCAUUCUGAAGACCUCCGAGCUCUACCAGCGCCGCCAUAAGCGAAUCCAGGAGGAUUACCAACGCGCGAUUUGUCGGAUUGAGAACCUCUGCGGUUCAUGGACGCUUUACUAUGGCGACGGCGCCGACGCUAUCGCAUUCUGCAAUUUAGCAGAGCCCCUCCAUGCCAACCUAGCACGAUCGCCGUCGACGCGAGGAAGCGGCAGGGACUCUUCGAGGGAAGUCAAGGGAAGGGCAAACGAGGAUAGCUAUGAAGAUCGCCUCAUCGCGUAUGUGCAGGAUCUGCCGGAUGAGGUCUUUCACAGCCGUAUUUUGCUGCGGGAGCGCUUCCCGACGUACGAGGCGUAUCGUGAAGAGCGCUACCGUCGAGGCCUUCUCAAGAUGGAGACGUGGAGGGAAGAAAGUGCGGCGAGCAAGGUGCUUGAACGUGAUACUCAUCCGCGGGAGUAUGAUAAGAGUGUGAAGGGGUCGCUAUUUCCGUUACCCUCCCCUCGCUUUCAAUCAACCCGCAUUAAUGAAAAGAUUCGGAGGACGAGUGAAGCAGGGAGCCGUCGGGGGACGUUAUUGAAACCGUACAAGAGUCCCUCAAAUUCGGCGGGCGGCGUCGUUUCCCGUAGAGGAGUGUUUGGGAAGAUUUUCUUAUCGACUGAGGAUUCGCUGGAUUCGGGGCGAUUAUCCUCGAUAGUAAAAUCCCACGAUGAAACUAUGACUGUUCGAAGACAAAGCUCCCAAUUUACGAGAUUCAACGAGACGACGGCGGGAAGCUUGAAAGAGCUCAGCUCGACAGGAAACGCAUGUCGGGCGAGCCUGUGGGAGAUUGAAACAGUCAACGGCAGGGGAUCCCACAGCCCGUCUGCGCGUUAUUCGAGGCGUUCGGAAAGGUCGUUCGUUUCGCACAACAACACCUGUGAAGGUGUGCAGCCUCCGUCGCUGAAAUCUCACAAAAGUUCAAUAAAGCACUUCCAUGUAACUCCCAUUGAGCAUGCUAAUACGGAGCCAGGAAUGAAUUCACUGAAAUUAAAGAAUUCCAGAAAAAUGCGUCAAGGAAAGGAUGAUGCGGCAGUGAUAAAGACAAAUGGUCUAGCAAACCCAUCAAAGGGGUAUCGCGUUUUUAAUCUGAACAGGUUUCUCUCUACUGUUCCGGGUUCAAAAAAGCAAAACAUGUGUAUGUAG